UUGAAGCUAACUUUUAUGUCAUAUUAAUAAUUAUUGUAGUCUCAAAAAUAGCUUUAAGAUCAGUUACGUUAUUUACAAUGAAUCCAAAGACGAAAUCUGGAAUUCAUUGGACAAAUUUAGAAUUACGAGGUCUUCUCGAAGAUGAGGAUUCAUGUGUAUAUCUUGAACGAACAAAAAAACACUUGGGACUUCAUCCUGUUCACUUGAAUGAUUUGAAUAGUUCUCUUCGUGAAAUACUUAGUGAAAAAUUAAACUUUUAUGAUCCAGAACUGAAUGGUUUGGUAUUAGCUUAUCGAAACCCAAAGAUCUUAUCUCCAUAUGGAGAAAUAUUAUAUGACACAUGCUAUAUUCACAUCGAUAUUGAAGCAGAUUUCUAUGUUUUUAGACCAGAAAUUGGUCGCAGCUUGAAAGGUUAUGUAAAUAGAAAAAGCACCAAUCAUAUUGGUAUUUUGGUCCAUAAAGCUUUUAAUGUCUCCAUUCCCAGACCAGAUGAAGAUGAAUUAAAUGAAAAAAAUUGGCCUGGCCACCGUGUUCUAGUUGGCCAGGAAAUUCGAUUUAUACCUGAAGAUGUUGAUUUUAAAUCAAGACUUCCAUACAUUAGAGGAUUAAUAAAUGAAGAAGAUUACUUAAAUGGAUGCAAACUUUUUAAUGAACAGAUUGCUGCUAACUAUGAAUCAGAGUUUCAAGAAAUUACAAGGAGAAGUUUUAGUCAAGACAAUUCUAGUAAAACGAUUGUAAAAAAUGAAAACAAUCAUAUAGUUUUUAACAGUGAUUCAGAGAUCGAAGUUGAUCCAGACAGUGGAUCUGAAAGAAAAUCUUCUAUAAAAAAACUGACUAUAUCUUCAAAUGACACAAGUUCUAUAGAUUCUCCUUUAAAGAAAAAUAAAAGAAAAUCAACACCUGCGCGAGAGUUAGGAACGACAACUGAAAACCUAGAUGUUAAAGAUGCUCCUGAGCGACUGACAAAACGUAAACACAAUAAUCCUAGUGAAACUGAUGAUGAAAGAACACAAAAAUCUAAUAUAAAAAAUUUAUCACAUAAUGACACAGCUGAUUAUUUUAGUGAAACGGAACGUAUCAUAGAUUCACACAAAAAAAAACAUAAGAAAAGAACAAAAAAUCCUCUUGAUUUUGAUACUGAAGAUGAAAGAAAUCACAAAGCUGAAAUUAGAAAUAUAAUAAAUAACUUGUCACAAGAUUCAAUCGACAUUAACCAGAAAUCACCGAAAAUGUCGAAAAAAACAAAAAGAAAACACGAAAACGGUGAAACAAGUAAAAAAGAUUUAGCAAAUCAAUUAACGCAAAUUGACGAUUUAUAUGUUACUAAGAAACCAGAGAUAAAGACAAUUCGAAAUAAUAAGUGUAUGGAUACUGAAGAUGAAUUAUGGUAUAAAUCGACAAUCGAUAAAUCCCUAACUCAAGCAGAUGACUUAGAAACAUCAAAAUCUAAGAAGAAAAGAAAAAGAAAUUUUCUCGAUGAAAUACCUGAGGACACAGAAGAUGAAAGAAAUUAUAAAUCUGCAUUAAAGAAGUUUAUAGAAACAAAUAAUUUAAUACCCGAAGAAUCGCCAAAGAAACGGAAAAAGAUACAAAACGAAUCCGAAUUGUGCGAAGAUACAGAAGAUGAGAAAAGGUAUAAACAUAUUCUGAAGAAUUUAGAUUUUCAAGUACCAGCAAUUCCAAAAAAGAAACAUAAAAAGAUGAUGGCAGUAAACGAAGAUCCACUCAUGGAUACUGAAAAUGAGAAGCAGCACAAAUCUUACUUGAAAGAACUGAUUGAAUCUAUGGAAAAUAAUAAUGCAGAAGUUUCUGAAGACAGCGUGAAAAUUAAAAAAGAAAAAAAAUCUCGGAAAAAUAGUAUUGUAAAUGGUGAUAUUCAUGAAAUGAAUGGUAUAUUAGAUGUGGUUGUAAAAAGUGAAGAAGAACAAGAGACAAAGAAAAAGUUAAAAAAAAAAGAAAAAUCUGACAGAGAAGAAAAUGUCUGUGAAGAAGUACGAUGAUGAUU